CUUCGGCCCCGGCCGCAAUGACCUCUUUGCCCUGCCCCCUUCCUGGGCCAGACGCCUCCAAAGCUGUCUUCCCAGACCUAGCCCCCCUCCCGUCGGUAGUGGCUGCCUACUCGCUUGGCCUGUCCCCAGCCGCCUCCUCCGAUUUGUCCUUCUCGGGUCGGUAUGGCCACCUCCUGCCCUACCCCUACACCGGGCCAGCGACCCCCAGAGACUCUUACCUGUCCUGUCAGCCACCCGUGGCGCUCUCUCAGCCCCUCCACGGCCCCGCCGAGCACCCGCAGGUCCUGGAGGCAGACUCGGAGAAGCCCCCGCUGUCCCCGGAGCCCUCUGAACAGCCCCCGCAGGCGCCAACCAAGAAGCUGCGCAAGCCGAGGACCAUCUACUCGAGCGUGCAGCUACAGCACCUAAACCAGCGUUUCCAGCACACGCAGUACCUGGCGCUCCCCGAGAGGGCCCAGCUGGCUGCGCAGCUAGGCCUCACCCAGACCCAGGUAAAGAUCUGGUUUCAGAACAAACGCUCCAAAUACAAGAAGCUUCUGAAGCAGAACUCUGGGGGACAGGAUGGGGACUUCCCUGGGAGGCCCCCCUCCCUGUCCCCCUGUUCCCCACCCCUUCCAUCCCUCUGGGAUCUGUCCAAGGCAGGGGCCCUGCCCACCGGUGGCUAUGGCAACAGCUUUGGAGCCUGGUAUCAGCAUCACUCCCCAGAUGUCCUGGCUCCGCCUCAGAUGAUGUGA